AUGCCGGAAAGAAAGAUGCUGGGUGUCUUCUCCGAGAUGGCGAAUAAAGUAAAAGAAAGGAAUGCUCAAAGAAAACGGGCAAAAACGAUAGGAGACAGGGCGAUUCGGACAGAAUUCGUGCCUGAUGAGUUUUUUCGCCUCCCUCCGCUCAGGGACGCCCAUCCAAAAGAAGAAAAGCCCCUCUUUCUGGCCAAGCUAAAAUACUGCAGUCACCUGUACUCCUUCGAAUCCAAAGAUCCGCAAACAGUGCGCAAACGAAACAACAAAUCUGAAACUGUAAUGGAACUCGCAGAAUACGCCAAAGCGUCUAAUUUGAUAUUCGACGAAGAAAUCCUUCCAGAAUUUAUAGAAACGAUCAAAGUCAAUAUAAUCACAGAAAUUCCUGAAUACGAUGACGACGACGACGAAAUUUUUAAAGAACCACAAUUCGAGCACAUCGGCUUCUUCCUCAACAUCCUGGCGCUUUUCAUGGGAAACAAGCACAUGAACCCAAAAGAAUGCAAAAAAUACAUCAACACAUCAUUCAUCGACGACCUCUUCAAACAACUUCACCACCCGGACGAGCGAAUCCGCGAAGGCAUAAAAACUAUCAUUCACCAAUUCUACGUUAAAUUCGUCGGCCACAGGACUUACAUUCGCAAGAGCAUGCGCAACUUAAUCCUCACCUUUGCGUACGAAGAUGAAAGCUACAGGGGCAUCCCGCACAUACUUCAAGUCCUCAGUAGCAUCGUCAGCGGGUUUUCAACGCCACUAAAGUAUGAACACAAGGUUCUUCUUCUCAAGGUUCUUUUACCGCUUCAUGCUUCGACCAAAUUCACCGACUUCUCGUCCAGUAUGAGUUUCUUGAUGAUCCAAUACGCGCAAAAAGAUCCCUCUCUUUCAGCCAUCAUUCUUCAUUCAAUCCUACGAACUUGGCCUCUCGCGAAUACUCCAAAAGAACUUGAACUCCUUGAAGAAGUGGAAGAAAUACUGAAUAAUUGCGAUGCAGAUGUUUUCCGAGAAGUCUGUCUACCUCUCUUCAAGCGGCUGGGAAAAUGCAUGGGCAGUCAACAUUAUCAGGUGGCGGAACGGAGCUUGUAUUUCUUGAACAAAACCUACAUCCUGGCGCUAAUCGAGGAAAACAUCCAGCAAGUUAUGCCCGCCAUUGUACCCGAAUUAGUUCAAACCGCCUCGAAUCACUGGAAUCAUUCGAUCGUCCUUCUCGUCUGCGAACUGCUCCGCUCGCUGAUGGAACUCGACGAAGACCUGUUCUCUGAUCUCGUCGCUGAAUUAGACCAAGAAGCAGAAUCGACCGUCUCGAUAGAUUCGUUGGAUCGGCGCUCAACAGCGAGGAAAACGAUUCAAGCUGGAAUGAACCGCGCUUCCGACUUGAAAAAGCGAGAAUCAGCUGCUUCUCUCUCGCCAAACAGGAAUUCUGGUUCGAAAAACGACAAAUACGUUCGCCGAAGUGCUGGCCGGCAGAAAUGA